AUGUUGCGCUUCGACGGACGAGUUGCCGUGGUCACGGGAGCUGGUAACGGCCUCGGGAAGGAGUACGCUCUCCUGCUGGCUUCUAGAGGCUGUAAGGUUGUCGUCAACGACCUUGGGGGUAGCCGAGAUGGCUCGGGAGCAUCUUCCAACGCGGCUGACCUGGUUGUGAAGGAGAUCAGAGACAAGGGUGGUGAGGCUACCGCCAACUACAACAGUGUGGAAGACGGCGGAAAAAUUAUCGAAACCGCUAUCAAGGCCUAUGGUCGCGUCGAUAUCGUGAUAAAUAAUGCCGGAAUUCUGCGCGACAAAGCUUUCGUUAACAUGACCGAAGCCGAAUUCGACCUCAUCCACAAAGUUCAUUUGAAAGGCUCCUUUUCUGUCACUAAGGCCGCUUGGCCUCACAUGAGGAAGCAAGGUUAUGGAAAAGUGAUCAUGACCGCAUCUGCCGCUGGAAUCUUCGGUAAUUUCGGACAGGCGAAUUACUCAUCAGCAAAGUUGGCCCUACUCGGUCUAUCGAACACGUUGGCUAUAGAGGGACGGAAGUACAAUAUCGCGGUCAACACGGUUGUCCCUACGGCCGCAUCCCGACUCACCGAAGAUAUAAUGCCACCCGAGAUUUUUGAGAAGUUAAAGCCGCAUUUCGUCAGCCCAGUCACGGUGUGGCUCUGCCACGAAGACUGCCCAGAGAACGGAGGCUGUUUCGAGGCCGCUGGGGGAUUUGUUGCCAAGUACCAAUUCUUCAGAUCGGUGGGCAAAGCGUUCAUCGACGAGAGCUUGACCCUCGAGAGUUUGCGCGCCAACUGGGAUCAGGUGACGUCAUUGCAGGGCGCCCGCCCCUUGGGCAGCAUCCAAGAACAGACGAUUUCUGUAGUUGAAGCUCUAUCCGGGGAGAGCAUGCAACCGUUAUCGCCCAGCCAGACCGCCCAAACAGUCAUUGAGGAUGAGUCCAUAUUCCGUUACAAUAUCGAUACCUCGAUCCUGUAUAACUUGGCGGUGGGCGUUUCGACGAAGCAGCCGGAUCAUCUGAAAUUCCUGUACGAGAACGCUGAAGACUUCAGCGUUGUUCCGUCGUUCGGUGUGAUACCACCGAUGAACGCCGUAUUCACCUCGAAAGAGCUUCACGAGGCUGUCAGUCGUAUAAACGGAGAUCCUGCUCGAAUGCUGCACGGGGAGCAGUUCCUCGAACUCUACAAGCCGUUCCCGCCGUCGGCAACCGUGAAGACAGAUGUGCGAGUUGUCGACGUUUUGGACAAGGGUUCCGGAGCGGUUGUAAUCAUCGACGCCGACACAUUCGAUGUGUCCACUGGGGAAAAAGUUGCCUACAGUCAAUGGCUGGUGUUCUUCGUCGGCGCCGGGAAAUUCGGCGGUCCCCGUUCGUCUAGCAAAGUUAUUCCAACGGCGGAGAUUCCCAAGAGGGAACCCGAUGCAGUCCUCGAAGAUCGAACGAGCAUCGAUCAGGCCGCUCUCUACCGCUUGUGUGGAGAUAAGAACCCCUUGCACAUAGAUCCACAAUUCGCAGCCAUGGGGGGCUGGUCUCAACCGAUCAUGCACGGCUUGUGUUCAUUGGGAUUCUCAACGAGACACGUCUUGAAAGCCUUUGCGGGAAACGACAUGACGGCUUUCAAAUCGCUCAAGGUUCGAUUCACCGGACCCGUGGUACCAGGAGAGACCGUGAGAACGCGUAUGUGGAGGGAGGGCAAUCGUGUAGUAUUCGAAUCGAUUGCUGUCGAGAGCGGAAAGACUGUAAUCGGUGGAGGAGUUAUCGAAUUAAAUCGAAGCGUCCAAGCACCAGCGCCUGCAAUUCCCGUACAAGUACCGACUCCGCAAGUGAAAAUGUCAGCGGGCGAAGAACUCAAGACCGACCUGGUCUUCGAAGGUAUGGGCUUCCGUGUCGAGGAGCAGCCGGAAUUGGCGUCGAAGAUCCAAGCGAUCUACGAAUACAAUAUCACCAAAAACGGGCAAACGGUUGCAACAUGGACGCUCGACCUCAAGAACGGCAAGGGCGCUGUUUACAAAGGACCCUGUAAGGACGGCAAAGCCAAUUGCGUGGUCACAAUUACUGACGACGACAUGUUCAGCAUGGCUGUCGGCGAACUCGACCCGCAGAGAGCUUUCAUGACCGGUAAACUCAAGGUGCGCGGAAACAUCAUGCUCAUGCAGAAGCUCCGACUCCUGCUCAAGCCACCACCGGAGAAGAAGGAAGAAGCUCCCGCCAGCGCCCCCGCUAGCGGAGGUGAGCUGCGCAGCCGAAUUAUCUUCGCCAACACCAACGAAAAGAUUUCGAAGAAUCCUGAGCUCGCCGCGGACAUCCAAACCAUUUUCCAAUUCGACAUUCUCCAGGGCGGCAAGCUCGCCUAUCAGUAUACACUCGAUCUGAAGAAUGGGGCUGGAUGCGGCUACGAAGGUCCGGCGAAAGAUAAGCCGGAUUGCAUUCUGACCAUGGAGGAUGAAGUUCUCGACAAGGUCCAAUCGGGAAGGCUCGAUGCGCAGCGUGCUUUCAUGAGCCAGAAACUCAAAGUGAAGGGCAACGUCCUCGCAAGCCAGAAACUCGCGGAUCUCUGGGCAGAUGACAGGGAUCGCGAGGAGAACGAGGAAGCGGCGAAGCUUCCCGGAGUUCCGGCUUCUUCGAGCGGCCUGUCACCACCCCCAGGCAGCCCCAAGAUUGUGAAGGCGGACUUUAUUUUCAACAUCUUCCUCUAUCAUCUCCAUCAAGACCCCGCGAUGGGAGAGCACAUCGCUGGGCUGGUGAAAUGCAUGUAUCACUGGGUGAUCCUGAAGAAGGGCAAGAAAGCCUCCGAAUGGACCUCUGACCUGAAGAGUGCGAAAGGAGACCUGUACAACGAGGCGCCUCGCAACGGGGCUAGCCCGGAGGUCCAAAUCACUAUCGACGACGAGGACCUUGUGCAGCUCAUGUUGGGUAAACUGAACCCACAGAGAGCUUUCAUGCAGGGUCGCCUCAAAAUCAAGGGCAACAUCAUGCUCAUGCAGAAGUUCAACACUCUGUGGCAGGAGAUCCUUAAGAGCGGACGAGUUGUGGAGCUCAAACUCAUGGAGCCCCUUCUCUCCGACGGACAACCUCUAUCUGAAGAGUUAUGGAGCGACUAUCAGUUCUUCAUCGUCACCCAGAGAUUGGCUCAUCUUCCUCAACUGAUCGAGGUGUCCAAGAAAACGGCCUACCACUUCGCUAUCACGAAGAACGGAGCCAAACGCAGUGACUGGACCAUCGACUUGUCUAAACUGCCCGGAGCCGUGUACAGAGGCGCUCCCAAAGACGUUUCGUCGGUAUGCAGGAUCACCCUGGAUGAUUUGGCAUUCCACCAUCUUGUACAAGGUGCUCGAAGCGCUCAAGAAACGUUUGCUCAAGCUGAGGUCUCCGACCGCGGCGCUUUGGACGCAAUCGCUCCCUUGUUCCUGUCCAAGGCUAAACUCUAGACGUCACGAAACUACGAGGAGACGCUGCCAACGGGAUUCAAAUCCUGCUUGCGCCGAAGGCGAUCGCAGUGUUUAGGUACAAUCAUUUCCCGAUGUUUCCAUUUCGAGGUAUGACUCAUAAUAUAACACGUGACGGCAAUCUUCUUUGUUCUUCAAUAAAAGUCAUGAGAAAUUCGAGGAA